AUGCCAUGUUCACUCCCUCUCUCUCAUCUUUCUCUCUCCUCCCUCUCAAAAACCCCACUCACCUCUUCCCCCUCCCCUCAAAAACCUUAUCCACUUCACCACCGUCUCUCUGUCAAAUCCUCCAUCAACAAACCCCCAGAAACCACCACCAAAACCAGUUCAUGGGUGAGUCCUGAUUGGCUCACUUCACUCUCCAAGUCUCUAACCACAGCAAAAGAUGAUUCUGGUAUUCCUAUAGCAAGUGCUAAGCUUGAUGAUGUUUCUGAUCUUUUGGGUGGUGCCCUUUUUCUUCCUUUGUUUAAGUGGAUGAAUGAGUAUGGUCCUGUUUAUCGUUUGGCUGCUGGUCCCAGGAAUUUUGUUGUUGUUAGUGAUCCUGCUAUUGCGAAACAUGUGCUUAAGAAUUAUGGGAAAUAUGGUAAAGGUCUUGUUGCUGAGGUGUCUGAAUUUCUUUUUGGGUCUGGUUUUGCUAUUGCUGAAGGGCCUCUCUGGACGGCUAGGCGCAGGGCUGUCGUUCCAUCACUUCACAAACGAUACUUGUCGAUUAUGGUAGAUAGAGUGUUUAGUAGAUGUGCUGAGAGAUUAGUAGAGAAGCUACAACCUGAUGCAAUUAACGGAACUGCUGUUAACAUGGAGGACAAGUUUUCCCAGUUGACCCUUGAUGUUAUCGGUUUAUCUGUAUUCAACUACAACUUUGACGCACUGAAUUCAGACAGUCCUGUUAUUGAAGCUGUUUACACUUCACUGAAAGAGGCGGAGGCUCGGUCAACCGAUCUUUUACCGUAUUGGAAGGAAAGUUUCUUUCUCAUUCCCGUUCAUGACAUGGAAUUCAAAUUUUCUUUAUUUUUGUUUUUUAUGUCUUUUAUUUCUCGUUCUUUGUUGCUGCAGGUUGGUUUUCUUUGUAAGAUAAUACCAAGACAAAUAAAAGCUGAAAAGGCUGUUAGUGUUAUUAGAGAAACUGUAGAAGAUCUUAUUGCUAAAUGUAAAGAGAUUGUAGAAUCUGAGGGUGAAAGAAUCGAUGCUGAUGAAUAUGUGAAUGACGCUGAUCCUAGUAUUCUCCGGUUUUUGCUUGCCAGCAGAGAAGAGGUUUCAAGUGUGCAAUUAAGGGAUGAUCUUUUGUCAAUGUUAGUAGCCGGUCACGAGACCACUGGUUCGGUGCUUACUUGGACACUUUAUCUUCUAAGUAAGGAUUCAUCCUCGUUAGCGAAAGCACAAGAAGAGGUAGACAGAGUUUUACAGGGAAGACGUCCUUCCUAUGAAGAUAUUAAAGGUCUUAAGUUCUUGACGCGCUGUAUUAUGGAGUCACUCCGACUUUAUCCACAUCCUCCUGUAUUGAUCAGAAGAUCUCAAGUUCCCGAUGAGCUUCCGGGUGAUUACAAAAUCAAUGCUGGUCAAGAUAUUAUGAUUUCGGUAUACAACAUUCAUCGUUCUUCUAAGGUUUGGGAUAGGGCCGAAGAGUUUUUGCCAGAAAGAUUUGAUUUAGAUGGUCCAGUGCCAAAUGAAACAAAUACAGAUUUCAGAUUCAUUCCGUUUAGUGGAGGGCCUCGAAAGUGUGUCGGUGAUCAGUUUGCUUUAUUGGAAGCUACUGUUGCUCUUGCGGUCUUUCUACAGCACAUGAACUUUGAGCUUGUCCCUGAUCAGAAUAUCGGCAUGACUACCGGAGCAACAAUACAUACAACAAAUGGCUUGUAUAUGAAACUGAGCCAACGGUCGAAAUAG